UAGAGGCAAAAGAAGGCAAAUAAAAUUGAGGUUUCAUCAUGGUUGGCAUGUAGCUCUAUCCGAUCAGCACAUAAUAUUUACAUGGUAUAAACGAAUAAGGUGGUGUCAGAAUAGACAUACACGUAUGUUUGUGUAGGUGGAGUUGAAAUGCAGCACAACUUGAAGAGAAUACCUAGGGAAGAAACGCAAAUAAGCUUGUAUUGUGUGUUCGAAGAUGCAGAAUUACCAUCGUCUCCAGAUCUGGAGGCUGGGCGGUCUGGAAGGGGAAGGGAGAUUUCCACGUCCGCCUGCGCUAAUUUUAGUGAGGCGACAAGGCAAGUUGUGGUGAAAUCAGCGGCAAAAACGCCAUCGGCAGCUGAGCUGGAGGAGUUCUUUACGGUGGCAGAAGAGUACGUCCAGAAACGAUUUACUCAAAAGUACAACUAUGACAUAGUGAAGGAUGCUCCAAUACUGGGAGGGAGAUACCAGUGGGUUCCUAAUCCUACUCACAUUUAAUGUUGAUAAUGCUAUACAUAAUUUAAAGGUUUUUAGAGACGAAAGCUUUUGUUUGAGGUGGCGAAAAUGGAUGGUUAAAUGGUUUGUUUGUCUUGAAUGUUGUGUGUCGCAUCAAGGGAGUUUAAUCCAUCGCUCAUGUCUAUUUUUCAUUUUUGUUUCUUUGCAUGUGUUUAUGUGGUUGGAUUGAAACGUUGCUUUAAUCCAAACUAGAAGAGCAUUUCAUCUGAUAAUUUAGUGGGAGGUAGUGCACGUGGUGUGAUGCAGUAGUUGUCAACUGAGCUCCAUGUGCUUUGGAUCUGAUGCAAAAUUACUUUUUUCCUUAAAAUUACAGUGACAGAAUGUUCCUGCUUCAAAAA